GCAGGGCAGGGGCCGGAGCUGUCCCUGCGGAGCGGGAGAGCCCAGCGCAUCUCUGCCCUCUGGCGCUCCCGAACAAGGGGACAGCGGCGGCCAAGAGGGCACGGAAUGCAGAGCUGCCCCUGCGGCUGAGGCCAUGACCGGGGAACCGGUGAGGGUCUGAACGGGACGAGUCCCCGAAAGAGCUCCCAAAAUCACGGUUCAGGCCGUUGGCGCUUGGGGACCUGGACCCGUCUCCCUGAGUGUGCAACCUGGGAAAUGUUAUUGCAAUUGCAUUAACUUCAGGAAGUGUAUUCUGGAUGAAUUGACCUGGCCUCCUAUUCUAUGAAAGCAUCUCUUCUGCUGGUGACCAGGUUUCUUAGCAAGAGCAGACAGAGCUCAGCCUUCCACCAUGCCUGUGCCUCCCCCUCCCGCUCCCCCUCCACCCCCAACACUGGCCUUGGCAAACACUGAAAAGCCAUCCCUAAGCAGGUCAGAACAAGCAGGACGAAAUGCUCUAUUAUCUGAUAUUACCAAAGGAAAAAAGCUCAAGAAGACUGUUACUAAUGACAGAAGUGCCCCAAUUCUAGACAAACCCAAAGGACCUGGUGGAGGUGGCAGCGGUGGCUUUGGAGGAGGUGGCGGCGGCAGUGGUGGGGGUUUUGGUGGUGGCGGCAGUGGCGGCUUUGGUGGUGGUGGACCACCUGGCCUUGGAGGCCUUUUUCAAGCAGGAAUGCCAAAGCUCAGAUCUGCUGCAAGUCGAGAUGCUGACCCCGGGGGAGGCCGCCCGCCCGCCCUGCCGCCCGGAGGCCGCUCCGCCGCCGCCAAGCCGUUCUCGCCGCCGAGCGGCCCGCCGCGCUUCCCGGGGCCGCCGUCGGGGCCAAGGACCGCCGCCCCCGACCCGCAGAGGAGCCGCCUGCCGCCGCCCAGACCCGACGCCGGCUCCAAGCCCGAGGCGGCGCCGCCGCCGGUGCCCAGCACGCCCCGGCCCAUCGCCUCCAGCCUGCACAACCGGGGGUCGCCGCCGGUGCCGGGCGUGACCCGGCAGCCCAGCCUGGGGCCCUCGCCCCCGCCGUUCCCGGGCAGCCGGGGCGCGGGGUCGGCCGGGCCGCUCCGGCAGCCCGGCCCCGGCGCGACGCCCUCCUUCUCGGGCCGGCCGCCGCUGCCGCCCACCCCGGGCCGGCCGGCGGAAGACAAGCCGCCGCCGCCGCCGCCUCCCCCCGCCGGGCACCGGCCGCCCGCCGUCCGAGAGGGGCCGCUGCCCCCGCCGCCGCCGCAGAACAGCAAGCCGCCCGUGCCCGCCGCCCCCCGGCCCGCCCUCGGCGCCCCGGCGCCCCCACCACCGCCCCCCAGCCGGCCGGGGCCGCCCCCCGUCCCGCCCGUCCCCACCGGCGGCGACGAGAUGCCGCGGCUGCCGCAGAGGAACAUCUCGCUGGGGUCGUGCCCGGCGCCCGGCGGGGGCCGCUCCGGACCGCUGCCCCCGCCGCCCAGCGAGAGGCCCCCGCCGCCCGUCAGGGACCCGCCCGGCCGCUCAGGCCCCCUCCCACCACCUCCUCCCAUAAGCAGGAAUGGAAGCACUUCAAGGGCUUUGCCCGCUGCUCCCCAGCUGCCUUCCCGGGCAGGGCUGGACAGCCCGAGAGGUGGACCCCGACCUCCGCUUCCCCCUGACCGGCCGGGCUCGGCAGCACCGCCACCGCCACCACCACCUUCAUCAGCUGUCAGAAAUGGCUUCCAGGAUCCAGGUGACGAUGAAUGGGAAAGCAGAUUUUCUUUUCAUCCUCUAUCUGAUUUGCCACCUCCAGAGCCGUAUGUACCCAUGAACAGAAGUUAUCCCAGUAAACUAGCAAGAAAUGAAAGUAGAGGUGGCUCUGUCCGAAAAGAAAGAGGUGCGCCCCCGCUCCCACCUAUACCAAGGUGAAAUGGGUUCUGGCCCAUCUCUGGGCAACAUCUGUUUUCAAGUUUCCUUCAAGUCAGCUCUCCUGUCCACAUCAUUGGAAAGUUGCCUGUCUUGAUUUAUUUCCACUUUUGGCUUGUCAGCUGGAACAAACUUCAGCCUCUAUUACAGAAGUAAUAGAUGCAGCUUAGGAACUAUAGUUGCUCAAAGCUAUGAAUUUUAUUUGCUUAUACUGCAGGCGUUUUGUGGACCGUACACAACAUACGUGCACCAUGCUCACUGUGUCCAACCUUGGCCCCUGGAGAGCUCCAUGGGAGGUCUGGCUUUGAAUUUGAUAGAGCUUAAACAAAGCUGUUUCAUUUACUUUGGGUACAGUGGCUGUAUUAUUUGAAUCAUAAAGUAUUUUAUGUUUAGAAAAACAGUUGCUGGGGAAGAACGUGUAACCAAGAGUCCCUCGGAUCCUUCUUUGCAUGCCUAACUUGGCCCAUCUGCUUCUGCAGGCCAUAGACCUACUACAUGGUGACCAAGAGUUCAUCCUUAACUUUUUCACUUCAGCUUAGCCAAGGAAAUCUUAAACAAUAUGAAGCACAUCUUGCCUCAAGAAUGAAGUGUAUCUGGCCUUGUUUUCAUCUGUAGAGAAUCUUCCAAAGAAAAGCACAAGUGAAGAAUUCAUCAGCAUAACAUACAUAUAUAAUGGGGUUUUUUUAAUCCCUCUUUCCUAGUUUUUUAAUAGUGUUUUGCUUCCCGUGGCUGAAUUCUUUCCUACUCUGAUGUGGACCAACCCAGAGCCAUCCGUGCCCCGGAUUACUGUAAUACCCUCUGCCUGAUGCUGCAUGCGAAGAGCCCUCAGAAAGUAGUCCU